AUGGAAGCCAUCACCCAAGCAGGCCGAGCGUUCCUCAGCUCGACCUCCGACAUGCUGCAGAACGCGCUCGUCUCGUCCAACUCGGCCGCCUCGACGCCGCACGCCGACUCGCUCACCAAAGACCUGGUCGUCUCGCAGAUCCUCAUCCACCCGAUCAAGUCGUGUCGUGGAACCUCCGUCAAAGAAGCGCCGUUCGACCAUCAGGGUCUGCAGUACGACCGUACCUGGCUCAUCAUCGAUGCAACCACCAAAAAGUUCUACACCGCGCGCGAGCUGCCCAAGAUGGUGCUCAUCCAUCCGCGCAUCAAGCACGACGCGAACAAGCUGUCCAUCGAGAUCCCGCAGUCCGAGACGGGAGUCGCUGCUUCGACCGUCGAAGUCUCCCUGCAGCCGAGCGAGGACGAAGUGAAGACGUACGAGGUGGUCGACGGGAUUUUCAUCUGGGGCGCCUACGUCGACGGCUAUGCAGUGUCCAAAGAAGCGGACGAGAAGCUCUCUGCCUACUUUGGCAAGUCCGUCCGACUCGUCCGCAAGGGACCUUCGCCACGCGAAAGCGGACCGACCAACCCAGACGGCAAGGUCGAGUGGAACGAUGCAGUGCUCCGAUACCAGGACUUCUUCCCCUGCCUCGUCGCUUCCGCUGAAAGCCUGCGCGACGUGCAAGCCACCCUCACCGCCUCGGUCUACCCCUCCAUGACCUCGGACUCGGAUGCGAAAGCCUACAAGGUCCCACCUUCGGUCAAUCGCGAGUACUGGACACCAGAAGAGCUCUCCACUCUUCCCAUCACGCGGUUCCGCCCCAACAUCAUCGUCGAUAAUGCCCCCGGUGCCAGUACCACCUUGUCGGCGUGGGAGGAGGAUGGAUGGACAGCAGCGGAGCUCUUUCCGUCCUCCGAAGCAGAGGCUCCGAUGGGCAGUGAGGCGGAGGGCAAAGGAAGAGCGGGGAUGUACAUGCUUGCCAAAUGCGCUAGAUGCAUGGUGCCUAACAUCGACCCGGAGACAGGCGUCAGGGACAACUUUUUGCCGUACAGAGUGCUGCAGGAGUACAGGCAGGUGGACAAGGUCGCAGCAGCGAAAGGCAAGCCGUGUUUCGGGAUGCUGAGCGUGCCGAGGGAGAAGGAGGGAGUGGUGCGGGUUGGGGAUGUUUGGAGGGUCACCAAGACUACGGAUCCCUUGACAAGGGCAUCGCCUGUGUGA